CCAUGGCGCCAGUCGCGCAAACGCCAGAUGUCAACGAGAGCGACGACUCAUCCAACGCUCGGUUUAACUCAUGGCUUGAGAAACAUGGCGAAGCGGAAUAUGACAUCUACAAGAGCGAAGAUGCAAUAUCAGCAUUGAGCUACGACCAGUGGGUUAAAUCAACCCAUGUCCUCGGUCCUUAUCUACUGCAUGUGACUAUGGACAUAUGGAACGAACCAUCGUCGAAUGAGGAUGAGGCGUCCGAAGUGGAAGCCGUGGACGUUAUUUCGCGGAACCAGCGGACCUCGACGCGGCCCAAGAACGUCGCCACAAAUGGUUACGGAAUGCGGCAGUCCAUCAAAUCAUCUGGCUCAACUUCGCGACCAAAUUCAGAUGAAGCUUCGGGUCCCACCAAGCGUAAAAAGAAAUCCAAAAAGCAUUCUCUUUCGCAUGAAAUCGUCAAAUCGGAUGAGAGUGACGCCCAAGAAGAGGUUCUUGCUAACGAGCGACGCAAGUCGGGUGGACGUAAGAAGAAGCAUUUCCUCUCAGAAGCCAUCAUAGCACCGGAAGACAUGGAUGACGAUGCUACAUCAGUAGAUGCUACUGCUAUGAAUAUUGCAGACGCAAUUCAACCUACAGAGCCUGAGCAUAGAACCCCAGUUGCUUUCACAAGCGCGAACACUCCGAAAGCAAAAUCAGUAAAGAAGCCCAAGAAAAAAUCUUUGCCUCAGAAGUCUUCGCAACCAGAUGAUGAGGAUGGCCCUGCGACCAAGAAGCUCGUUGCUCCUAAUGCAUCAGCCGCUUCACCUGGCGCCCUGUCAGCAUCAAGGCGAGGUUUACGUGCUCGAACAGCUGCGCAGCAGAAUCCCUACCAACACAAUGCAAAGUUGUUCGAAGACCAACUCGACGACGAAAAAAGUGGCGGAAGCAACGUGGAAAUAUCUCCCAAGAAACAGACGAUCAAGUUCAAGCGCACUUCGCGCCCAAUCGAGGAAGUUACAGAAGAAACACCUAUGGUUAAUGUGGAUGACGAUGACGAUGACGACGCGGAACCCGGGCUUUCAGAUGAUCUACUGCCAAACAUGGGGAGAGCUUACUACAAGGGCAAAGGCCGAGCUUGGAGGAAGACAGAGGAGGAUGAAGAUGAAGAGUUCAUCACCAAAACUAAAGUCGACCCACCAAAUCCAGCCAAAAGGGCUGGUCGGCGCAAGUCUACACAAUCAGCAGUGUACGCACCUGAUGAUAGUGCAGAUCGCGAAGCACCAAUGGCUACGCCAGCGAUAGCACAAAACGCGCCGGCCUCCAUCUCAAGCCCUUCGUCGAAGCCGCCACGGAAGAAGCCUGGCCCCAAACCUGGAUUCAAGAAAGCUCAAGCUGCGGCCAGGAAGUUGCAAAUGGACCAGAAUGGAGCUGAGCCAGCAACCCAAGUCAAACAAGAGAUGACGCCAAAGAUCAAGAGAGAAAAGACAAAGGAACCGUUAGUCACGACGCCUAGCUCCCUCAAAAAGUUAGGAAAGCAAAAGUCAGGGCCAAGGAGGUCCCAGCCUAAGUCGGAAGAGUAUAUCCUAGAUAGUUCAGAUACAGAUGUGGCAGAUCAGCAGGCUGUAGUAGGAAACAGGCAGAAGUCCGUCGAGCUACCAGCAGUUGAGCCUACACAUCAGCCACCGAGGUCGACAGGAAAACCACGAGGUCGUCCACGAGGUCGUCCACGAAGGUCAGAUCAAAGCACACUUUCGAAGGCCACGGUAGACUCUGACGACGAUGCAAUGUCUAUCGAAAUGAACGAGGCAGUCCCAGCACCGACUGUCGCCACCAGUAUUGGCACAGGCUCUGCUGAGCCGGCUGCUGCCAUAUCCGAGCAGCCGUUGAUUGGAACUGAGGAUUCCAACGAGGUUGAAAAGAAACUUCCCGACUCAGUACAAAAUGAGAUUGAGGGGCCGGUCCUGCAAUCUCAGAUGACAGAGUGA